AUGUAUGAGAAGAUGGCGAACGUCAAGGCAGCAGGAGCUAACGUCAGCGCUCCACCAAGAAAAAAAAACACUUUAGAAAGUUCUGAUGACGAAACAGACAUUGAGAUGAAGCGACAAUAUGAAAAAGCAAAAAGACAAAAAAAAGUUGCAAAAGAGAGGAUCCUCACUCAGUUGAAGGAUACACUGAGGAAACCACCCCACUCCACUCCAUGCAGAACCAAUCCAUUACAUAGUGAGGAGGAAGUUGAAUCCGAAACGGUGGACACAAACGUGGAUUUGUUCAAUUACCCAGGGAAUUCUCAAUCAACCAAACAAAAAAAGGUUGCAAAUGAGAGGGUCCUCACUCAGCUGAAGGAUACACUGAGGAAACCACUCCACUCUGAUCCACGCAGAACCAAUCCGUUACAUAGUGAGGAGGAAGUUCAAGCCGAAACCGUGGACACAAAUGUGGAUUUAUUCGAUUACCCAGAGAAUUUUCAACCAACUGAUACCUUAGAUGCUGCUGAGGCAAGUGGAGAGAGUGUGGAACAGCCAUUAUUUGUCAGUGGUGAAGUGUUGAAAGCUUUGAAAGAAAUUCCCACCUUAGUGCAGUGUGUCAAGGAACUAAUAUCCUCAAUGAACAGAGGGAUCGAUACAGCAAGCACAAGCUCAGGGUCCUCCAGCGCAGCCCAAGAGAUGGACUUCCAUUAA